UGCGUCGUCAGUUACAAUCGCACGGUGAAACAAAAAUGUCUUGUAUAGAAUUCACGGUCAAUGGGAAAAAAUGUUCAGUGACAACAACACUAGCUCGAGAGACGUCACUGAAUGCCUAUAUACGUUACACUCUCGCGCUGCCCGGCACCAAGGCGAUGUGCCAUGAAGGCGGCUGCGGCGCAUGCGUCGUGAUGGUGCGCGCGCGCCGACAACCCAGCGGGAAGAUCGAGACUUUCUCUGUCAAUUCCUGUCUAGUAUUAGUGUUCUCUUGCAAUGAUUGGGAAAUCACCACUAUCGAGGGAGUCGGCAACCGGCUGGACGGCUAUGAUGAGAUCCAGAAGAGAGUGGCAGUUUUCAACGCGACGCAGUGUGGCUACUGCACGCCCGGAUGGGUCAUGCAUUUGAACAGCUUGAAAGACAAGCAUCUGACGAUGGAAGAAAUGGAAAAGGCUUUCGCCUGCAACACCUGCAGGUGCACAGGCUUCAGACCAAUCAUGGACACUGUAAAAUCAUAUGCAGUGGACGCGAGUCCGCAUCUUUGUCAGAAAAUCCAAGACCUGGAAGACCUCACUGUUUGCACUAAGACCAAGAAAAACUGCCAAAGAAAAUGCUCAACAAAAAGCAUUGAAGACGACUGGUGUGUCAUUAGUGAUGUGAAGAUGAAAGUAGAAAAAACUAUAGCACUAAAUUUUGGAAAGACAAUGUUCUAUAAGGUUUAUGAUGAGGAAGAGAUUUUUGAUAUCCUGGACAAGUAUGGUGAAGAUUCGUAUAUGUUUGUCGACGGGAAUACUGCUAAAGGUGUUUAUGAAAACUUCGAAUAUCCGCGCGUUUUGAUAGAUAUUAGUGAAGUGACGUCACUGAAACUGUAUAAGUUCGACCAGAACCUUGUUAUAGGAGCUAAUAUGUCCUUGGAAGAUUGUAUAACCUUGUUCAAAGACACUGCAAAAUCAAGGAGUGACGAGUUUGGAUAUUUGGCCGAGGUUGCUAAACAUCUAGAUCUUGUUGCCCAUAUGCCUGUGAGAAAGAUUGGUUCUUUAGCCGGUAAUCUGAUGGUCAAACAUGCGAUGCCGGAUUACCAAUCCGACGUAUUUCUGCUUCUAACCGCUAUUGGCGCCGAUGUUACAAUUCGUCGUAAAAAUGGUAAUAGGAAUACUUUGACAAUGCUCGAAUUUCUAAAGUACGAUAUGGUUGGAGCUCUGAUGGUGAAUAUAGAAUUACCACCAAUGAGCACUUCACACACACUCAGGACUUAUAAGAUUAUGCCGCGCCAUCAAAAUUCCCUGGCUCUCGUCAAUGCAGCGUUUGUACUUAAAUUGAACGGAAGAAUUGUAGACGAAAUAACUAUUGUCUUCGGGAAUAUAUCAGCUGAUUUCAACCACGCUAUUAAAACAGAAAAAUACUUAAAAGGAAAGGAUUUAUUCACUGCUGAUACUUUGCAAUGCGCUAUAAAGAUUCUGAAGGAAGAAAUAGUACCGAGCGAAAAUCCUCCUGAACCAAAUCCAGAUUGCCGGCUCAAAAUAGCUAUUGGACUAUUUUACAAGUUUGUCUUAAGUAUCAGCCCGUCAGGCGUACCAUCUUCACGAAACAGAUCUGGUGGACAACUCCUGAAGCGCCCUGUCUCCAAGGGUUACCAGGACUUUCAGACUGAUAAGACACUGUACCCUCUGAACGAGCCAGUUCCUAAGUAUGAAGCCAUGAUACAAAGCGCUGGUGAAGCGCAGUUUGCUAACGAUAUACCGCCUCUACCCCAUGAAGUAUUUGGUGCUUUUGUACCAUCAACUAUACAUUCUGGGGAGGUUGAUAAAGUCUAUACGGAUGUCUUGGACAUUGAAGGUGUCGAAGCAAUCUUAACAGCGAAAGACAUUCCUGGCAAGAACUCGUUCACCUUGCCAGGCAUACAGCUACAAACUGAAGACGAAGAAAUUCUUGCUAAUAAUAAAGUAAAAUUUUACGGUCAACCUGUCGCAAUCGUAGUAGCUCAAACUGAAGAGCUGGCAGCUAGUGUAGCCAAGAAAGUCAAAGUUACUUAUAAAAACGUCAGCAAUACUGCACCAGUCCUGACUAUUGACGAAGCCAAGAAAGACGACAAAAGAUACGCACCAAGCGAAGCUAGUAUCAAACCUAAAGGUCAAGGAGAAAGCGUUAAAAAGGUCAUCAAAGGUGUGUACGAGAUUGGCGCACAGUAUCAUUAUUAUAUGGAACCGAUAUCUUCGGUUGUUGUACCAGUAGAUCAAGGAUUGGAAGUAUACGACGCGACACAGUGGAUGGACCUAACUCAAAUUGCGAUUGCGCAGUGUUUGGGAAUCAAUGAAAGCAAGGUUGUUGUAAAAGUUCGCCGAGUCGGUGGCGGUUUUGGCGGCAAAAUCAGCCGAAACGUGCAAGCGGCCACGGCUUGCGCCUUGAUAGCUUCCAAGUUGAAUAAGCCCUGUCGUUUCAUUCUGCCAUUACAGACGAAUUUGACCAUAGCUGGCAGAAGACUUCCCGCUCAAUGCGAUUAUGAGGUGGGUGUAGACGAUAAUGGCAAGAUCCAGUACUUAAACGCUACUAUUAUAGAAGACGACGGUUGUUCACACAACGAAAACAUUCUGGACUUCACAGUCGGAGGCUUCCCCAACUGUUACAACACUGACUACUUCAGCUUGAAGACUGCGUCUGUGCUUACUGACCUGCCUUCUAACAGUUUUGCUAGAGCCCCAGGCACAUCCGAAGGUAUGGCCAGUAUCGAACACAUUAUGGAACACAUCGCUUUUGCUGUCCAAAAAGAUCCGACUGAAGUUAGAAUAGCCAAUAUGAGGACUGAUGAUAACGACCUACCUAAACUCAUUGAAGAAUUAAAGAAGGACUGUGAUUACGUCAAACGGGAACAAGAGAUCAAACAGUUCAAUCGAGCGAAUCGUUGGAUAAAAAAAGCUAUCAAAAUCAGCGUCAUGAGUUUCCCUGUUCAGUUCUACGGAAAUUAUAGUGCCAUGGUCUCAAUUUACAGAGGAGAUGGCACAGUCACAGUUACCACUGGAGGUGUAGAGAUGGGACAAGGAGUUAAUACAAAAGUAGCUCAAGUCUGCGCUUACGAAUUGGGGAUUCCAUUAGAUACAGUAUCAGUUCUGCCACAUCACUCUUUUACGGCAGCUAAUAAUGUCUUCUCAGGGUCUAGCAUUGUAAGUGAGAGUGUCUGCUAUUCAAUAAUUAAGGCUUGCGCGAUGUUGAAGGAAAGACUGGAACCUAUCAAGCAGAAGCUGACAGACCCAACGUGGCUGGAAAUCAUCCAGAAAGCAGGGGAGGAAGAAGUAGAUCUAACAGCGAUUUAUAUGAUGACAGAUAAAGAAGAAGACUUAUCCAACUACAGUGCAUUUGCCGUGGCUAUAUUGGAAGUCGAGCUGGACUGCUUAGUCGGAAGAUAUGAGAUUGUGAGGGUCGAUAUCUUGGAAGACGUCGGGUUGAGUGCUAACCCUAAUAUCGAUAUUGGCCAGGUCGAAGGUGGCUACGUGCAAGGUCUGGGUUACUUCACGUCUGAGAAGCUGGUGUACGAUAAGGGAACAGGCAAACUCCUGACGAACCGUUCUCUCAAUUACCACGUACCUUUAGCUCUAGACAUUCCUGCUGACUUCAGAGUCAAACUGCUCUACAAUUCCAAGAAUGUUAAGGGAGUCCUUGGCUCAAAAGCUGUUGGUGAAAUGGGAGUAUGCACUGCUCACGGUAUAACCCACGCUUUACGAGAAUGCAUUAACGAAUCGAGAAGGGACUCUGGUUACGAUGCCACCGAAUGGAUUAACAUAGAUAUUCCCUACGAUACAGAGUCAAUACUGAAAGCUCUAGCAGUCAAAUACGACGAGAUGGUAUUCUAAUAAAGAAGUAGUAGUAUCUUAAGCAAAAACCUUGUAAGAGCUACAGAGUUCGUGAAGUAUUUGCGCCAAGUGCUCGUGUGCCAAAUCGUAUACCGGCAACUGUUUAUUACAUGUCGUUAUGUUGUUAUUUCUAGGUAUAAUUUUGUUCAAGUACCGUGUAAUGUUACUAUAAUUAUUUCCACUAUUUUGUUUGAGCCAGCAGUUAAACGUGCAUUAGCGGGGGUUUUUUUUAUUUCCCUAUAGAUUUUGUACUAUUUUUACAGUUAUAUACCUAUGUAGGUACUUAGAUAAAUAAAACAUAUUUUUU